AAUAUAUAUAUCCUUGUUUAUUUUUCCAUUUUAAAGGUUUUUGUUAACUGAAGAUAUCCAUCGUUUGUUCAAAGGAUUUGUGCUAAUUCUUAUCAGUCAUGGAUUUGUCGGUUAACAUGAAGAUACAUAGUACCACAAAGCUACUACGUAUACUACCUAGCUUCGUAAGCACAAUGUCGAACAAAGAUAUUAUGACUCCGUCAGUUUCUCCAUUGUGUAACGAUGGAGAUGAAGUACCACCUAGGGCGACUUUUAAGAAAUUUAAUCAUAAAAGCACUAUUAUAGUAUUGAUUGGAAAUCCAAGUGAAAAUUAUAAAUCUAAUCCAAUACUUGUGGAUGAUUUUUAUUUAAGUGCAUAUGCCUUUCAGAAGAAAAGGAAAUCCACUUCUGUUAAAUCACCAAAUUUUGAUCCAACAUUAAACCCUGAAUUAAUUAGUUGCAUUUCGGAAUUGAAAGGUAAGUUUGCAGAAACAUUGAUUUCAUUAGACUUGGUUGCGAGUUGUCUUGAAUCGCCAAGUGAAGAAAGUGCAGACCAGCUAAAACUGUUGACCGACCAUAGGAAAUGUACCUACGAAGACACUGACAAAACAUUAAAAAAAUUGCUAAGUUUGUUAAGGGGACAUAGUUCCACGGAGAGCGAUAAUGAAAAUGCUGAUUCUACAAAUGAUAACCUAGGUUGCCACUUAGAUUGUCAACCAUGCAGUAUUUCACAAGAGUCUUUACGAAAAGGCAUCAAUGAAUAUAAACAAACACAGGAACCUGCCUUUGAAACUAAAAAAGGCGUAAUGCUGCAUGAAAAGAACAUGGAACAAUUACAUACCACUCGAGAAUGGCGCGAAUUAACUAAAAACAUGCAUUUAGAAAAUCAACUUAAACAGCUGAAACAAAAAAAGAACAGUCUGAAAAAACAGUUGGAAACAUUACAAAUUAAAAAGGAAGAGAUUUUGAUUGAGCUGGGAAAAAUUAAUGUGGACACAACGGCUAGAGAAAGCCAAAAACGAAACUCGGAACGCUCUCAACGGGUAUUCCGUAACUCGUCACCCGAAGCACGAUCUGUUUCCCCUACCGGAAAUGACAAUCCAAUUCCUAAAGAUGACAUGCUUGGCUACAUAAGUGACUCUUCCCUAAAUGGAAAUCUCUCUCUAAAUGGUUUCAUAAAUUCUCAUACAACACAUGAAAGUGAUGAUCAUCCAGUGAAUACAUCAGGUGCUUAUACCGCUGCUCCUAGUACUAGUCAACAACUUCUCAUGGGUGCCGCGUUGCAAGGACGUAAUCAACGAGCGGAGAAAGAAGAGAUGGUCAAAAAGGCCAAAAUUCACGGAGGAAGUCAAGACAGCACAGGCGAAAUUCCAGCAAUACAAAAUGAAAGUGAAAUGAGAGAGAUGUCAAGUGGCGGAGAGAGAAUUGAUCAAACUGGAAAUGUCAAGGUGGCCAGUUUAAUGCCAAUGCCAUCUGGAGAGGAGCGGAAUGAGAAAGGUUCAACUCAGCGAAUCUAUGAAGAUUUGUCGUUCUCAGUCCAGCAAGAUGAUUCAAAUGGAAGAGAGUACAUUUCCCUCAGUAAUGUACCACCAACAUCAGUGGCAACGAUGUUGUACAACAAUUACAAGCUUCUUUUACUAUCUCUGGGCCAAAGAUUUCUUUUCUCUGACGUCGUAAAGUUAAAGGAGUGGGCUACUCAAAAAUUCUCAAUCGAGAACGCUCAAAAUGGUACUGAUGUUCUCUUUCAACUUGAUAUGAAGGGAAUAAUCAAUGCUUCAAAUUUAAAUCCACUUCGCGAUUUCUUUGAAUCCAUUGUCAGGAUUGAUCUUGUCUGUAUUAUUGAUGAAUUUCUCCUUGGUGAUUACAGUUUACUUCGCCAAAUUCCAGCCUGGAAAAAACGAGAAGCGAAUAGGACACACAAUCUUCAGCAUGGUUCCACUUCAUGCUAUACAAGUGUCGUCAAUACAGCGUGUUCCAGUCAGUCCUUCCCUCAAGGUUCAAGCACAGCUGGAAGAACUUCCACCUGUCCAGCAGAAGUUAAUAGAAACAGAAACCCAGCAACUUCAAGGAAACCAGAAAAUAACAAUACACCACAAAGAUCGAUCUCUGGACAAAAUCACCAUCCUGUUCUCACAAGUUUCUCAGGAUACCCAAACACAGACAACUGGAAGCUCUGCUCUAGGUCUCCCAAUGAAAACCAAUCCACAGCCCAUGAACAGGGAAAUGCGAUUCCUGUUGGGACUGGAUCAAGUGCAGUUGUUGGUGACGUCCCUGUUACAAGUAAGUUUCUUUAAUUAAUGUUUUACAAGACUGGUAUCCUUUAGAAAAUUAAUAUGUUUCGCUUUUUUAACGAACGUAUAGCAAUUACUGAUUGUGAUUUAAUUAAAGUUGUUCCAUAAUUAUGACACAUUGGGAUCUGUGUAUGAAACGCGCAAGGACAGUAUAACUGAAGGGUCUUGUACAUGGAAAUUAUGAGUGAAAAUUUAUGAACAUUAAUUUGACUUCAGUAACCAGGAACAGCUGGUCAAAAUGAAACUACAGGUCCCUGGCAGAAAUAGAACAUGCGCUCCUGCGAUUCCGAAGCAGUACUCUACUCAUGAACGGAGCUUAAUGUUGUACUCCUGUUAACCAUACUUUCAACCUUCAUCUAUGUGUAUAUUUUGCUUGUUUAUUAUAUAUCAGCUGUUUUUCAAAAGCAACCGCGAAGUCAUUUUUGGAUUGAGGGCGGGUCUUAGGUAAAAUGCUUGAGCUUACUAAACAGCACACGCAGCCCCUGUAAAAUUUGACAUAUUAUACCCAUCAGAGCAGCAAAUUUACUACGGUACAGCUAAAAAGUAUUUCAAACGACUCCUAAAAAGCCAUUAUAUAUAAAACAAAUAUAAUUUGUUGGCUUGGUGAAAUUUUCCAUGAAUAGAUGUUAUUCCUUUAAAUUUAAUAAUUUUUUCGCGCGUCAUGGCUUUGAGUUAUAGUUACAAUGAUUUUUAUAAAAAUUGCAUUUUUCUUACUUAUCCGUCGCUACACCUUUCGAAGAAAUAUUUUCGUGGAAAGUGUGAACGCAGUAAAUGGAAACACAGUGGCGGACACUUGGGGGAGGGGCGACUAAGGGGCGAGCCCCCCCAAUAAUUUUGAAAGACUGUAGAAAUCUUGUACCAAUUAAAACAAAUUACACUCAUAUAACGUAAUUGUCAUCAUAAUAUAAUAAUAUAUGUUUCUAUACUGUACAUGUCACAACAUCCGCACUUUAUACACUCUUUUUAAUUUGACGGAUAUUAGGGGGUCAACUUUUCGCAACAGGUACUUCUUUAAAUGUCAUUGUCGAUUUUUUGUUGUUUGAAGCUUAUACUAUUGUUUAGCGGCGAAAUUUUCUGCUGCACAAUAAUAUUAAACUAUCAUGUUUAAAAACAAUGGGGAAUUCAAUUAACAUUCCAAUUUUAUGUUAAAAAAAACAAAAGCGAGCGCAACGAAUAAAUUUCACUCGCUCACUUAGAGAAAUAAAUUUUUACAUUGUCAUUAAACCACCUUGCUAUUCCAUUCACAAAUGUAAAAAUCAUGUAAAUAUUUUCUCUGAAAUGCUGGUUUCUAUGCUUAGCAUGUGAGUUAUAACAAAAUGCAACAUUGAAACGGUGUUUUGAAAACCUAGUCUUCAACAAAAUGUGUUCUCAGAAUGCUCCAAAUGUCAUUUCCGGGAUUCAAAUUUAAAAAUUUCCCCGUUCCUUCGGCACGAGCCGCCCUCCCCCACCAUAUUUCGCAAAGUGUCCGCCACUGUGGAAACAAAUUAACACCUGUCUACCAAUCGAACGCAAAAUUUUUUGUUUGGAACCGAAAAGAAACACGUGUAUAUAUACACUGUGUCAAAAUUAAUUCCCUAUUAAGACAUGGAAUUUGAGGUGUUAUUUGAAACCGAUUGAAACACAUGGAUAAACUAUAAAGUUAUAUGCUUUGUAUAUUAUACACCUUUUAACACGCCUUUUAACAUUGUCCCGCAAAGCGUUGUUGUAAAAGCUAUUUUUCACUGGUUGGAAAUGCCUUCUAUAAUUUUGGUGAUUGGUGAAGUUUAAUUUUCGUUUCCCCUUGCAGGGAUACCAGUGCAAUGAGAAAUGCCCCUUCCUGAUUCCGCAGAAAAAACUGUUAGGGUCGAUAGAGUUAUUUUAUGGAAGAGUUAAAUAAAAGUGUGUAAUAAUUGGUUUUAGUAUAAUUACAUAGGUGAUUAUUGAAAAUUCUCCACGCUGAUUGGUUGCUGUUGAGGUGAUUAUUACGCGAUAAUCACCUAAGCGAUUUUCAAAAUGGCGGCCGAAGCCGUUUUGUCAAUUAAAUGACGAAGAAAUGUGUAUUUUUUAUGUUUUUCUACAUAAUCACCUAUGAAAUUAUACUAAAGCAAUUAUUCAUCUCCGGCUCGGUGAUUAUCGUGAAUAAAAACCUCGACUUCGUCUCGGUUUUUAUUCACCGAUAAUCACCUCGCCUUCGGCGAAUAAUUGUUAAUUAAUCUUUCAAUAAUAGACGAGAGAAUACCAACGGCAGGAAUUUCUUCAACAAGAACAAAUCCAGCAGUGACAAACAAUGCAAUAAAUACUCAUGUAACAUUUGGUAGUAACGGUUCCAAACUUUCCAAGUUCCAACGUCCAGACACAGGAAAAAGCAUCGUUUCUCACGCCCGGUUUUUAAACACUUCUCGAAGUCAGGACCUACAGAUAGGAAGUAAUUGGUUAUGUAGUCAUUACAAACGACAGUGUUACGUCAAAUUUGAAUGUUGUGACAAAUUUUGGCCAUGCCAUCGGUGUCAUAACAACCAAAGCACGUGUGGAAAAAAGAAGCUUAAAUCACGUGACACGGAGAUGGUGAAAUGCGUUCACUGCAAUAAAGUGCAACCGGUAACCAUAACUUUAUGUUGUAAAAGUUUCCACAGGAUUACGCUCACAUUUGUGUAAACAGUUGACUUAUACGUAUUAUGUGGGCACGAAAGUUGCUGUAAAAUUAAGCUAUAUUAUAUAUUAUUUAAUUGUUUUAUUUAGUUUGGUCAAUUUUGUUGCGAUUGUGCUAUGGUGUUCGCCAAUUAUUUUUGUGGUUUGUGCAAACACCUGACUGGCAACGAUGACCAUCCUUAUCAUUGCGACAAAUGUGGAAUCUGCAGGUAUAACUUGCUUAGCUUACACAGCACGAUCCUUGUUAAGACCAUGAGGGUUUGUCAUGAUCUUUUGUUACUCUGUGAAGAUACAUCAUUUGUGUACUGCAUGCAAUUUGCUGAUCAAAACUUCCCUUCUUGCAUACUAAGACAGUUUUUCCUGUUUUCUUCUGGUAUGCAUAACAGGUUUGUUCUAGUUACCUUCGAUUUCAUCUCUUGAUAAUGCUAAUCUUGACCUUGGUGACCACAAGGAGGAGCGGUUUAGAACUGAUAUAGCUUCCAGAAUAAUUAAUAAAUUCAGUUAUGUGUUGUAUUUGUUUUACUUUAGAAUUCACGGAGAUCGUUCAUUUCAUUGUAAUGUUUGUGGAAUUUGUUUGGAUGUCAAACUUCGUGGAAAUCACAGAUGUCGUGAAAAUUCUGCACACGACGAAUGUUGCAUUUGUUUGGAGGUAUUAUACAAAUACAAUUUGACUGGAUACAUUUUGACAUAACAAAAAAAUAUAUUGGGACUAGCGCAGGGCAAAAUUGCUUCUUCCCUCAUGCAAUUUUUUGGUUCCCAGUAUAUCGUCUCGUAACAUUCUCUUUUGUAUCAAUGUCGUUAGGGGAAUCCCUAAUGCUUAACUUACCUAUGAUAUACUCCAUAACUCAUUAAGAUACGGUUGAACAGGCUUAUUAGGCUUUCAAUUUUCAACUGAGUCACGAAAAUGGUUUUUAUGUAUUUUCUUGCAGGAUUCAUUCACUGGAUGUCAAAUUCUCCCAUGUUCACACAAAGUGCAUAAAGAAUGUGCAACGAAAAUGAUACGCAGCGGAAUGUAAGUACUUUAUGGCUUUUUGGAAAUGAUUACUACCUUUAGAUAAUCAGAUCAUGCAGAAUUAGUAAAUAUUCGCUACCCUACAGAAGUCACUCAACCCUACGAAGCAUGAUUGCGGCCGUUAUAGGAGGGAGGAACGCUGUCUCCAAAGUUUAACUCAAAUUGUAAAGUAUGUGCUUCAAAAAUUCAAACAUUCUAGAGUUAAGGUCGGAUUCCAUAACGUCCCCUUUCCAUGAGCUUGCGUUGUAAAGUUAUAUGGAGUGACCACGAGCGGGAUCUCUUGUAGCGCUCGUGCACGCAUUGAAAGUUGAACAAUUUCCGCCGAAUACACACGACGUAAUUAAAGUCAACCGAUCACAUUGCUUUGAGCACCAAACUUUGAUAGAUGGGGUGCCUUUCUUGCGUGCGAUGACGUAUCCUUUCGUUUGGUUCGCCCUCGCUGGUAAAGCGCACGCAAUGGAAACCUACAGUAUCUAUACAAGCCAACGCCAAAUAUCAUGAUACGGCACCGGACGUGCGUGCGUGAGGACGAACAAGUGCGUUUAUUUUCAAGGCGCUAACUGUGCAUGAAGUUGUGGAAAUAUUUAUUUAGCAUGGUGUAGUGUGGUAGAAAUGGCGUGUGGCAUUUUUUGCAUCAAUCCUGGAGCGCAGGGCCCCUUAAAGGGCGGUUCUCGUGGCACAUGCCGCUCCUGCUACUGCGUUAACGCGACCCUGCACCUGCCACAAUUUCUAUUUCUGCUGCUGUUAAUCAUAAUAAUCUUGAACGGUCUGUUCCAGUGUAGGCAGUGCCAACGGUAAGAAAGUUUCGGAUUGAUAGGGAUACAAGUACCUGAAAAAAUAAUGAGACCUUUAAUAUUUCGAGCCCAAUUCGUCGGAGGCCCUAACUUCCCGACGAGGGCCUUCGCUCGAAAUGUAGACGUUCUUCCUGGACUUUUCAGUUAUAAUUGCAUCAAUCCUGCGCUGUUAACAUUGCCUAUACCAUGGAUAAUAAAAUAAAUGGAUUGGAAACUUCUGACGUCAUUGACUGCAUCCUUGUUGAAAAACGUGACGUCACGCGUAUUGCGAAUGUUACCAAAGUUCUCGGCAUUUUUGUUGUUUUGCUAUAUUUUCCACUUUAAAAGGGUGAUCUUGAAGCGUAAACUGAUGUAAUUGUUUUAAAAACAUGCCUAAGCCACGACAAAGUAUUCAAGGUAAAUGUUUUUCGUCUUUGUUUUGUAUUUUUUUACAUUUGUAGCUACGAAAUUGGCGUCACAAAUUUUUGCGAAAUUUGCGAUGUAUUUUUCACUGUUUAGUGCUUGAAAUAUUUGCUAAAAUUGACUGGGAACACUUAGAGUUUUCAUCGUAGAAUGGCGUGGUUACAUUUAUUUGCUCUUUGACUAAAAUGUUUAGCUGUAUUAUUGCUAAACAUGCCGUUUUUGAGAAUUUGGUUUUCAACUAGGUUGAGGCACCCAGCCACGCCAUCAAUCCCAGUAAAAACAUUAGGUCACGUCAGCUAGUUUCCUAUCCAUUUAUUUUAUUAUCCAUGCCUAUACUAGCCUUCAUCCGAAAAUUGAAAAAUUUGACGUUCAGAAACAUAUACUAAUGCGUUCUGUUCUUCUUUUCUCGCAGAACACGAUGCCCAAUUUGUCGUGAGAGUUUUGCACACAAACUUGAACGACGACCGAUUCGAAAUUCACGAGAACGCUCUGGAAUAUAAUCCAGGAGAGGUAGCCAGAUUUUAAGAUUUUCAUAUCUACUGUAGAGAAGACACGGUUCUUUGCGUCAGCGGAUAUGAAUUUCUGAAAAAGCUGCCUAUGUAAUCCAGUUUCUGUAAGUAUUUUGUAUAGUUUACAUUUUUAUUGACUUUAUUAAAAAAACGGCACUAUUUUACAACAUUAAUUAUUUACAAACGUAUCGGUUAGAAAUAAAAAAGAAGAUAAAAAGAAAAGGUGAUCUUCCAAUAGGCCGUGUGUGCAUGCACUAUAUAAAACAUAUUAUAUAACUUAUCAAUGGUUUUAAAAUUAAUUCAACAACAUUAAUAUAUUUGCUUCAAUUUGGUUUUGAAGCUGUAGAUACUAUUCGGUAAUUUCAUUGCAGUGGAAAGGUUAUUCCAAGCCUCGGCCCCCUUGCAGGCAAAAGCCUUUUUCAUAUUGUUUGUUUUUGGUUUAGGUAAAGCGAAAUUGAAUUCGCUAUUUCUCGUAUUAUGAUUAUGCAUUGAAAUCGUGUUAGUGGAAAUUUCAGUUAAUUAAAUGAUUUGGUAACAUUUUGUUUUUGACUUCAAACAUAAUGAGCGCCAAUUGCUGUUCUUUUCUGGCUUAAUUUUGUAUCUUACAAAUCCUGCGUUUUCCAAAAUAUCAUAAUAUUGUAAUUAGUGUUCUAUAAUCCACUAGUUCUCGGAGCCGUCUUAGGAUGCUGUGGCCUGCAUUGACCUUUCCAGUAACUUGGUUCACUUGGGCAUUCCAUGACAAAUUUUCGUCAAUCUUAACACCAAGUAAUUUGGUUACUUUAAACUCUGUGGCAAUUAAUACGCCAAUGUGAAAUCUUGUAGUUUAAUUUUUAAAAAAAAGGACUGCCCAGCAAAAACUUUACUAAACUAACCAUGCACUUAACAUCACUCUUUAUUAAUUGACUACUUUAAGUUGUUUUCCUUUUUUGUAUUCAUUUGUUCUUUCAAACUAAGUAACUGUUUUUGUAAUAUUAAACCAUUAUUUUGUAAAUAUGUAUAGCAUACAUACCCUGUAAAUUCAUUUAGAUUGCUCUGCACAUGUACAUGUCGUUUUGUAAAAAAAGAAACAUGAAAGCUAAUAAAU